UAAACAUGGUUGCUGCUGGCAUUAGAUGCGGUUCAUUCAUCCAUCGGCAAUUCAUCCACAAUACAGUAGUGCGAGUGUUUUUUUAUUUUAUUUUUUGAAUGUUAAAGUUGAUUGAUGAGGGAAGAAGAGUGUGGUUGAAUAAAGAAGAUCCAUCCACGUGAUUCUAAUCGUGAUUCUCAGUUGCAGCGUAAAUAAAGCAAAGGUAGCCGCGACCGUGAAACGUGAUAUUUGGAAUUUGGAUCCAAGCAAGAACUCACACGCUUUCAAAAUCAUAGUUAUUAUUUUCCACAAUCCAAACACUCCUUUGCCCCAUUUCUGGGACUAGGAGGAGCAACAGUGAAUAACCGAAUCUCGUUGACGCAGAGAUCCAAUCCAAAUCGCGCAAUUGAUUCAACAUCUAGCUGAGACGCCAAACGCUACUUACUGGCUGGGUGCUUUUACCCUUAAAACUGCACCCUUCCAGAGGAACCCUAGAUGCUGCAGUUAAAUUCAAAGUCGGCCGUUCGGCAUUGGUGAUGUAGAGUCGCGGAGCCAAUAUGGCAUUUGUAGCUAAGAUAAAAUGGGUUGUUCUUUCUGUAAUCUCUUUAUCUGUGGCAUCUAUCAUCAUUCAUCUGUCUUUGGCAAAGUUGUGGACUGUUAACAUAGUACCGUAUAGAGCAAUUGGCAGUCUUCCUGAAGAUUUUUCUUCUGUGUUGGGAGGGCAGGGUGUAAAGAAUAAGAAGCUAUGGGGUUCCAUAAAGUCUUUAGAAGCAUUGCAGCCUAGUUCCCACGCUAGAAGCAAUUAUACUGUUCCAAAGGAGCAGAGCAAUGUUUUCAUCUAUGCAAAAAUUUUCGGUGGAUUUUCAAAGAUAAGAUCAUCGAUCUGUGAUCUGGUCGCCAUAUCUAGACUUUUAAAUGCUACUCUUGUCAUUCCAGACAUUCAAGAGAGUAUUCGCUCCAAAGGAAUUAGCUCAAAGUUCAAGAGUUUUUCCUAUCUUUAUAAUGAGGACCAGUUCAUAACAUAUCUAAAUCACGAUGAUGUAAUCAUUGCAAAGACACUGCCUGCAAGUUUGUUGGCAAGGAGAAAAAGAAAUGAAUUUCCUACAUUUAGGCCCAAAAGUUCAGCUUCUCCAAACUUUUACAUCAAAGAAAUUUUGCCGAAGCUAAAGAAAUCCAAGGUUAUUGGAUUAAUUAUUGCAAAUGGCGGUGCACUGCAGUCUGUACUCCCACCUAGCAUGGCAGAGAUUCAGAGGCUAAGAUGCAGGGUUGCUUUCCAUGCUCUUCAAUUUCGUCCAGAAAUUCUAAUGCUUGGCCGUCGUAUUGUUAACAAGUUGAGAUCCCUGGGGCAACCCUUCUUAGCCUACCAUCCUGGCCUACUGAGAGAAACCUUGGCAUACAAUGGUUGUGCAGAACUUUUUCAGGAUGUACACACUGAACUCAUACAACACCGACGAGCUCAAAUGAUAAAGGAUAAAAUUCUAAACGAGGAUUUGAAUGUGAAUUCACACUUGCGAAGAGAUAAAGGUCUAUGUCCCCUCAUGCCUGAAGAGGUCGGCAUUCUCCUUCGCGUAAUGGGUUAUCCUUCCAAAACAAUAAUUUACCUUGCUGGCUCUGAAACAUUUGGAGGUCAACGUCUUUUAAUUCCUCUGCGGUCCAUGUUUAUCAAUACAUUGGAUCGCACUUCCUUGUGCAGUGAGAAAGAAUUGUCUGACUUGGUUGGAUCUGAAACACCUCUUCCACAAAAUAUUUUUCGACCACCUCCUGCAAAAAGUGAUGAAGAACUUAAACAAGAAUGGAAGAGGGCUGGUCCUCGGCCUCGGCCUCUUCCUCCACCUCCAGAUAGACCAAUUUACCAGCAUGAAAAAGAAGGCUGGUAUGGUUGGAUCACUGAGACUCCUACAGAACCCGAUCCUUCACCUAUGGAUCUGAGGAUGAAAGCACAUAGGUUACUUUGGGACGCCCUUGAUUACAUUGUUUCUUUGGAAGCUGAUGCCUUCUUUCCUGGAUUUAACAAUGAUGGAAGUGGAUGGCCAGAUUUUUCAAGCCUUGUCAUGGGACAUCGGCUGUACGCGUCUGCUUCUGUUAGAACAUACCGACCAGACAGGAAAGCUGUUGUGGAACUUUUCAACAUGACCCGAGAGAAUUUGUACCAUCCAAAACAUAAUUGGACAGUUUUAGUGCAAGAACAUCUUAACAAAAGUAUGACCGAAGAAGGCCUCAUAAGGCAAUCUCUCUUGUCAAAACCAGCAAUGUUCCUUUCACAUCCACUUCCAGAAUGCUCUUGUAGAGUAGCUUCUGCUACCGUUGCUAAUCGUGUCAGAGGAGAGGAUGGUCAAUUUCUAUAUGGAGGCGAAGAACUUUGCCCCAAAUGGAUGCAGCAUGCUAAUAAGGCAGGUUCGUCUGGGAAAGAAGGGGUCAAAUCCGAAGAUGAUGGGCUGCCAGAUUAUGAGAGUAAUGAUUUUGUCAAUGAAUCCGAGUCUGAUAAAAAUGGGGGCAAAACGGAUGAGACUCAAGUCUGGGAUCAAGAUGAAGAAAUGGAUCCAAAUGACUAAAAGUGGAAGUGCAUAUCAUAACUACAGUCUAUAUACAGCAUCCAAUUUUUCCGUACUUUAAGAGGUAUAGGUUAUAAGUAUAACAUGCUCCAGCGAAGUGCAUGUCUACUCUCAAUGCUAUCUUUGCUGAGCAUAUGAGUAUUCAAAUAUAUUCUUUUAUUGAUUUUGGGUUAUUUUCCAUAGACAAAGAUAUCAUUUUUUUCCUUUUAUUUUUCACUUACCACUUUCAACCGAAUUUUUGUUGUAACAUACACAUUACAAAAAGAAGGGGAAAAAAGAUCAGCUGUCUGCUUAAUUGGAGAACGACAGAUGAAGUUAGAAGCAGAUUUUGUGUUUAGAGUUUAUUCUAUAUAUGGCUGUUGUCCAAUUUUUUGUUUUUGUUUUGUACAAUGUCACAUUUCUCCUCGUUUUCAGUUAUGUGGAUGUACAUUGUAGUGGUCAGCUUAGCUGGGA